UUAUGUGGCCUGACAGGGAGGGCUCUGUGUAACCUGAGCCCUGGCUGUGUGGGUUUUUAUUCUAUUCCAUUAAUGCUGCAAGCUUGUUCCUACACCCAGGCAUUUGUGUGCUGUUUCCUGUACCUGGGUUGCUUCUGAGCUGGCUGGUUCUUUCUCAUCAUUCAUUUCUCAGCUCAUGAUGCUCCUUCCUCAGAGGGGCCUCCCCCAGACCCCCUGACUCCCACAUUCACCCACCUCGCCCCAUUUUCCUUGUUAUGCGGAGCAAUAUGAGAUACCGUUUUAUUUAUAGUUUUACACCUCCAUUCAGCACCCCCAACGCUACACGUGUGCCCGGGAAAACAGCGUGCGAUUUUCACUGCUCUGUCUCCAGGGCCUAGAAGAGUUUGUGAAUAUUGGUGGGUCUGCAGGAAGUCUUGGAGUGAACAGAUGAUGAGUGAAGGAAUGAAGCCUCUUGUAGCCGAUCCAAGUCACAACUAAAGUCAUCAUGCACUAAAAGCCCUCUGCUCUCUGGCCACAUUGCCUGGACCUGGCAUCGGGUGGUUGCUUAGAACAGCUAGGGGAAGGCCUUGUAGAGGGCAUGCUGCCCAGCCACAGUGGCGGAGGCGGCGGUGGUGGGCGUAGAGGCAUGUUGUGUACCCUGUACACUGGGGUGAACCACAGGGCAGCUUGAGAGAGUCACAGAGAGUGAGGCCGGCCUCGAUGCCCAGUGAGAGCCCAGGUCUGACUCCUGCCUCAAGCCGAGCUGCCAGGGACAGCCACUGCCUGGGCACUUAGGCCUUAUGAUCUCAUUGCGUCCCCCUCCGCCCACCAGACUUGGACUUCAGAUCUGACCCCAGACCUGCCAGCUACCUCGGGAGGGCCCACCUCCCCACCCGUCCAGCAAAAUGCCGAUCCUCAAGCAGCUGGUGUCUAGCUCGGUGCACUCCAAGCGCCGUUCCCGAGUGGACCUCACGGCCGAGAUGAUCAGCGCGCCGCUGGGUGACUUCCGCCACACCAUGCAUGUCGGCCGGGCUGGAGAUGCCUUUGGGGACACCUCCUUCCUCAAUAGCAAGGCUGGCGAGCCCGAUGGUGAGUCCCUGGAUGAGCAGGCCUCCUCUUCAUCUUCCAAACGCAGUCUCCUGUCCCGGAAGUUCCGGGGCAGCAAGCGGUCACAGUCGGUGACCAGGGGGGACCGGGAGCAGCGGGACAUGCUGGGCUCCCUGCGGGACUCGGCCCUCUUCGUCAAGAAUGCCAUGUCUCUGCCCCAGCUCAAUGAGAAAGAGGCCUCAGAGAAGGGCACCAGUAAGCUGCCCAAGAGCCUGUCGUCCAGCCCUGUGAAGAAGGCCAAUGGUGGGGAGGAUGGCGAGGAGGCGGGUGUGGAGGAGGCAGUACCCCGUCGGAAUGGGGCCAUGGGUCCCCAUUCCCCAGACCCCCUCCUCGACGAGCAGGCCUUUGGGGACCUGACGGAUCUCCCAGUCGUGCCCAAGGCCAGCUACGGCAUGAAGCACGCGGAGUCCAUCAUGUCCUUCCACAUCGACCUGGGGCCCUCUAUGCUGGGUGAUGUCCUCAGCAUCAUGGACAAGGAGGAAUGGGACCCCGAGGAGGAGGAGGGCGGUUACCACGGCGAUGAGGGCGCUGCUGGCACCAUCACCCAGGCUCCCUCGUACACCAUGGCUGCCACUCCCCUGGCAAGGCAAGAAGGCAAAGCCGGCCCAGACUUGCCCUCCCUCCCCUCCCAUGCUCUGGAGGAUGAGGGGUGGGCAGCGGCCGCCCCCAGCCCUGGCUCAGCCCGAAGCGUGGGCAGCCACACCACACGGGACAGCAGCUCCCUCUCCAGCUGCCCCUCGGGCGUCCUGGAGGAGCGCAGCCCUGCCUUCCGGGGGCCAGACAGGGCCCGGGCUGCUGUCUCGAGGCAGCCAGACAAGGAGUUCUCCUUCAUGGACGAGGAGGAGGAGGAUGAAAUCCGCGUGUGAGCAGACAGCGGGUGGCCACCCGGAGCUCUCGGCUGCUUCUUCUCCCUGCCUGCACCCCACUAUGACCUUUGACCCUACGGUGUAGGGGCAGCCAGGAGCCUUGCUUUGAACCGUGGACCCUGGACCUUGUAGAUGAAGGACAUUGGCCUGGCCCUCGGGUCUUCAGAGGACUUGAGGUGCUGGCAUGGGUGCCGGCUGGCUGCCUGACUUCAUCACGCUCCCUGCACUUGGGCUGCGUGGGACAAGGGCUGUUUUCACAGCAGGAAUCGGCUUUCCUCUCUCGGCCUCCCUUUCUUCCACCCAGGCCUCAAAUGGAUGCCAGAUGCCGACCUGAGUUCCUGCCACGUGCAGCCAGUGGGUCAGCCAGGAGGCAGCCUCAGCUCCAGGGCUGAGGACACUCGGCUCCCCUUUUCUCUGCUGGCGUUUCUGCUGUGCUCAGAGAUGGCUGCUGGGGAUGCAGCUGCAGCGGGAGGAAGGAGGGGGUCUUUCCUCUCACCCCUCCCUGCUCCACCCCAACCGCUGUCCUGGAAGUCUGGAACCCCUCGGAGCUGAGCUGGACCAGGGGCAGCCGCGAACGUGUGCACUAAACGCAGCCCUUUCCCGGGGAAGAGAUCAGGAUGGGGAAUAGAAGGAAAGCCCUCAGGCUUCUGAAAUUGCAAGAAGGGACCCUUCCAGGAUGACACUAGGAACAGGGCUAGGGCCCUCACUCAGUCCCUGGGAGCUCCUUUGUUCUUUAUUAUUAUGUUUAAAUCCUUAUAGAGCAGUAUCAGGACAGCGUUAAUAGGUCUGCCGCAGAAGGAGAAUCAAUCCUUUUAGAAAACCUUUAUACUAAGCUUCCUCUUUGAAAUUCACAGUGGCGACGAGUGGGCUGGAGUCUGGGACAUCCAUGGCAAAGACACCAGCUCCACUUUAGCGCUUCCCAACUUGAUUUAGAAUGACACGGGGUGGGUGCCCGGUGUGUGUUUUCCCUACCCACCCCCCAUAGCUAUUAACAACUGAGGAAGGCCAGUGUAGAACAUUUUUGGAGAAUGAUUUUUUUUUUUAAAUAAUCAUUCCUAUGGGAGGAAAAGUUUUUUUUUUUUUUUGGGUAGUUAUUCCCUCCCUCUCCCCCACCCCACACCCUCGGUACUGACUACUUUCCCUUCCUUUCUCAGGCCUCCCCCCUCCAUACUUCUGAGGCCAGGGGUGCCAGAUUUAGCAAAACCAAAACAGGGUUCAGAGUUAAAUGCGAAUUUCAGGUAAACAAAAAAUAAUUUUCUCAAAUUAAUAUGCCCCCACGCAAUAUUUAGAACACUUAGGCCAAAAGUUGUUUGUUUUUCUGAAAUUCAGGUUUCUCUCUGAGUCCUGUAACUCUCCUGAAGGGACUGAGCAGAAGCUCGGGGGUGACCCCCAAGGUUGACUGCCGGUUAUUCUUCUGUGCUGGGAAUAGCUCGACCCACCUCCCUGUGUCCCUGUAGCCAGCGUGGGGAGGAGAGAGACGAGCCAACCACAACCACGGGCGUCCCCAUGGAGACUCUGGCCUGGCCUCCCCUCUCUUGCCUGACGAGACACUAACUUAGUUCCUGGUUCGGUGCCCUGUUGGUGCUCCUGUUUCCAAUAGCUUAACGCCCACAGUGGGGGAGGAAUCGCAGGGGCUGUGCGCCCCGCCAGCUGCCCUCAAAUCCCAUCCAGGCGAGUUCCAGACUCUAAACUGAAUUUUUUUUCAUGAUAUUGUCAAAGCAAUGAGGAAUCAUUAAAGAAAAAAAAAAAAAGCCCU